AUGACGAUGCUUGCGCGGUUGUCUCAUAAGGAAAUUUUGCAAUUGGCCAAAAGGGCAGUCAUCCCGCCGCUGAGUCCGGAGUUCCACAAGGGCCAAUGUGGGCGAGUAUGUGUGGUAGGCGGGUGUGAAGACUACACGGGUGCUCCUUAUUUUAGUGCCCACUCUGCAGCUCUUUUUGGUGCUGAUCUGACACAUGUGUUGUGCGAGUUGAACGCAGCGCCGGUGAUCAAGGGCUACACUCCCAAUCUGAUGGUGCAUCCCUACUUGCGCCAGGCUGGUUCGGACGGACCACCUUCCAUGGACAAGAUCCGGGGACUGUUGGACCGCAUGCACGUUUGCGUGGUGGGUCCCGGUCUGGGUCGGGAUCGCCAAAUGCUAGACUCGGUUGUUGAAAUCCUGGAGUACCUAACGACUGCGCACAAAGGGGAAGUCCCGGUGGUGCUGGACGCAGAUGGACUAUUUUUGAUCUCGGACUCCCGCUACUCGGAGAGGAUGUGCGCAAUUCUGCGCGCUUUUAAGCCAGGGCGACUAGUUUUGACCCCCAAUGUCGUGGAAUUCAAGCGGAUUCUGGACCGCCUAGGCUGCGAAUCAGGCGCCGAGGUAGCCCGCGCCUUGAAGUGCGUAGUCGUGGAGAAGGGCACUGACGACUGCAUCUGGUUUGAGGGCUCCGAGCCGUUGAAAUGCUCGGCCACGGGCUCCAGCAAACGGGUAGGGGGCCAGGGCGACACUCUAACGGGGGUAAUAGCCACAAUGCUAGCUUUUAGUCGUGCUACGCACGACUUCCGCAUCUGGCAACCUCCUGAGACCCUGGAAUGGCUACCGAUGGUCGUGACUAGUUGCUACGUGGGAAGCGCCAUUACCCGCGAGUGUGCACGUCUAGCCUACGAAAAGGUCGGUAGAUCCAUGCAAACCACAGACGUCAACGACCGCGUAGGGCACGCUUUUGAGAGACUGCUUGGUGAACGAGAUUAG